GUAGUCUCGACCCUUAGGCUCUCGGCGUUUGCGGCCGCCUGGGUGGCCCCCUCAGAACGCGGGGCCGUAGCCCCCGCGGCGGAGCAGAUCCCCACGCGUCCGGUCCGGUGGUCCUGCAUCCUCGAUUUCCUGCGUGCAGACGCGAGCGGAGCGCCGGGGUUGUAGGGGAGCCGUCGAUCCGGGGGACGCACCCGCCUUCCUCCACUGGGCUGGCUUAAGGCUCUUCUCGGUCCUGAUUGAUGAGAAUCCAUAUGACCCGAAAAAUGUCUGAGAACUCCAGUGACAGUGAUUCAUCUUGUGGUUGGACUGUCAUCAAUCAUGAGGGGUCUGAUAUCGAGAUGGUGAGUUCUGAACAUGGUGCAGCUAGUGACAGCUGUGAGCCUGCUCCAGAAAGUGCAUCUUUAUCACAGGAGGAGCUGCAAGAAUUGCAGGUAGAGCAGGGAGAGAGCAGCCAAAAUGGCACAGUGUUACUGGGAGGAGGUGCUUACCCUGCUUUGGAGGAAAUGAAGUCAGCACUCGAGGGAGAGGAAGAAAAGUUACCUGAUGACAAUCUCUAUUUUGGAACUGUCAGUGAUGAUUCUGAUAUUGUUACACUUGAGCCACCUAAGUUAGAAGACAUUGGAAAUCAAGAAGAAGCAAUAAUUGUUAAAGAAGCAGAGAGUCCAGAAGACUUUAAUAACAUGGGCUCUUCCUCUAGCAGCCAGUACACGUUUUGUCAGCCAGAAACGGAAAGAUGGUGGGAGAAGCUGUGGAAGAUUCCUGAAUGCAUAAGGGGAUGGGAUGAACAGCUGAAACACCACGUUCCUAGCCAACUCACUUUCCAAGUAUUUUCAUCUCAGCCUAGUGACGACGAAUCAAGCAGUGACGAAACCAGCCAUCAGCCCAGUCCAACCUUUAGACGACGUCGUGCCAGGAAGAAGACUGUGUCUAGUUCAGAGUCUGAAGAAAGGCUACUUGCUGAACAAGAGCCUGAACCCCCUCAGGAGCUAUGUAAACGGCAGUUCAGUAGUGGUCUCAAUAAAUGUGUUAUACUUGCUUUGGUGAUUGCGAUCAGCAUGGGAUUUGGACAUUUCUAUGGUAAACGUGGAGGUAACAAAGGAGAAGGCACAAUUCAGAUUCAGAAGCGUCAACAGUUAGUCAAAAAGAUACAUGAAGAUGAAUUGAAUGAUAUGAAGGAUUAUCUUUCCCAGUGUCAACAGGAACAAGAGUCGUUAAUAGAAUAUAAGUCAUUGAAGGAAAACCUUGCAAGGUGUUGGACCCAUACUGAAGCAGAGAAGAUGUCCUUUGAAAUUCAGAAAAAGAACCUUGAUACAGAAAAUCAGUAUCUAAGAACAUCUCUGGAGAAGGAAGAAAAAGCUUUGUCUUCAUUACAGGAAGAGUUAAGGAAAUUAAGAGAACAGAUUAGGAUAUUAGAAGAUAAAGGGACAAGCGCUGAAUUAGUUACAGAAAAUCAGAAACUUAAGCAGCAUUUGGAAGAAGAAAAGCUGAAAACACACAGUUUCCUUAAUCAAAGGGAGACUCUGUUGGCAGAAGCAAAGAUGCUCAGGAAAGAACUGGAAAGAGAACGACUAAUAACCAUAGCUUUAAGGGUAGAACUCCAACAGCUAAGCUCCAGUCACUCAUAUGGCAACUCAGACUCGCCCCGUGUAGUGACUGAGAAAAAGGAAAUAGAAAUGUUACGGGAAAGACUGACUGAGCUGGAGCGCAAGCUAACCUUUGAGCAACAGCGUUCUGAUUUGUGGGAAAGACUGUAUGUUGAAGCAAAAGAUCAAAAUGAGAAACAAGAAACUGAUGGAAAAAAGAAAGGGAACAGAGGAAACCACAGAGCUAAAAAUAAAUCAAAGGAAACAUUUUUGGGUUCUGUUAAGGAAACAUUUGAUGCAAUGAAGAAUUCUACUAAGGAGUUUGUGAGGCAUCAUAAAGAAAAAAUUAAACAGGCUAAAGAAGCUGUAAAAGAAAAUCUGAAAAAAUUCUCAGAUUCAGUUAAAUCCACUUUCAGGCAUUUCAAAGAUACCACCAAGAAUAUCUUUGAUGAAAAAGGCAAUAAAAGAUUUGGCGCUACAAAAGAAACCGCAGCUAAAAAACCGACAACAUUUAGUGAAUAUUUCCAUCCACAGUAUAAGGCACGUACACAAAACCAGAAUAGUAGAGGCCCUACUAUGCAGAGAGAGGGAAGGAAAGAAAAGCCUCAUUUUGAAGAAUUUGGAAAAAAUACAAAUUCACAGAAAUGCAGUGCUGAGCGUGACUGUGGUGGAAAUUAUAAUUCUUUCAGAAAGGCUUGUUCUGGUGUAUUUGAAUGUGCUCAACAGGAAUCUAUUAACCUUUUUAAUGUUAAAAUGUUGAAUCCUGUAAGGAUAGAUGAAUUUAGACAGUUAAUUGAAGGGUAUUUAUUAGAAAAACUGGAUAGUUUUCAUCAUUGGAAAGAACUUGAUCACUUCAUCAAUAAGUUUUUCCUAAAUGGUGUCUUUAUACAUGAUCAGAAGCUCUUCACUGACUUUGUUAAUGAUGUUAAAGAUUAUCUUAAAGACAUGAAAGAAUAUCAAGUAGAUAAUGAUGGCGUAUUUGAGAAGUUGGAUGGAUAUAUAUAUAGACACUUCUUUGGUCACACCUUUUCCCCUCCAUAUGGACCCAGUCGACCAGAUAAAAAGCAACGUAUGGUAAAUAUUGAAAGCUCCAGGCAUCGAAAACAAGAGCAGAAGCACCCUCAGCCACAACCUUAUAAAAGGGAAGGUAAAUGGCAUAAAUAUGGUCGCACUAAUGGAAGACACAUGGCAAACCUUGAAAUAGAAUUGGGGCAGUUACCUUUUGAUCCUAAAUAUUGACCUUCACAACUAAGUUAAAUUAGAAAACUGUAACAGAAACUUGGAUGCUUUCUUUACUGUUUGGUGUUGAAACUAAGAUGAAAUUAUCAAGAUAACAAUGUCUUUUUAUCAUUUCUAAGUAUAGUUUGAUGAUUUUAUAUUAUUACUCAGAAGUAACAAGCAAAAGCUUACUAACUUGCAUUUUCCUGUUAUUUAGUUUUGCUGAAUUUUUUUUUUUUGGCACUGGAAAUGUUCAACUGUAGUUUUAUUAAGGAAGCCAAGCAUGCAACACAUUUUGUGCAUGAAAUGAGACUUCCUUUCAGUGUAUGAGCUUAAAGCAAGCUCAAAUCAUACAUGACAAAGUGUAAUUAACACUGAUAUUUGUGUUAAAUUUCCAGUAGAGCUUGAAAAAAAAGUACAUUGUGAUGGAAUUUCAUCUUUAACAUUUUAUAACCUUACACUUGCUUCUUGUCUUUUUGUGGGUUCAAGAGCCCGUUGAUUUGUGAAGAAUUUGCUGCCUUAUGAACUUGCUGACUUGUUCUCUUGUGAAAUUUCUUGCACAUCUGAAUACUGUGGAAGAAACAAUAAAACUACACCAUGAGGAAAACUAAA